AUGGGACUUACACUGACGGCCUCCGCCUCCACCGACCUCGUCGCCUACUCUAAUGCGGACUGGGCUGGCUGCCCGGACACACGGCGCUCCACUUUGGGGUACUGUGUCUACCUUGGGUCGUCUCUGAUCUCUUGGUCCUCCAAGCGACAGCCUACCGUCUCCCGCUCGAGUGCCGAGGCAGAGUAUCGGCUGCUCCAGGAGUUGCUUUGUGAUGUUCACAAGGCCACACUCGUCUACUGCGACAACGUCUCCGCCGUGUACCUCUCCGCCAACCCGGUCCACCAUCAACGAACGAAGCAUAUUGAGCUCGACAUACACUUUGUUCGUGAGUAG